GGGCUACACCGCCUGCCUGCCCGCUUCAGGUCCCGUCGGAGCAGCAGGAAGCACUCUACUUCACAGAGCACCGCGGAUCCCGUGAAGGCACCACGCGGUCCAGUCUUCUCGCACAUUCCACCAGCAAGGUGUCCUCACACAACUCGGAAGAGAGUGGGAAGCGGGAGGGAAAAAAGCAAGAGUGUACAAAGAAAGAGAAAGACGGCGAAGAGGAGAGAAAGAGACAAAAUAAAGAGCAAAGAAGAAGAGGAGGUGUUCGCCGAGAAGAUGCUGACUCCAGCCGGCUUCUUGGCUGCGGUCGUUCUGGGCUUGAGCGCGGCUCACUCCAAAGUGAAUAAACACAAGCCGUGGAUCGAGACGUCAUACCAUGGGGUGAUCACUGAAAACACUGACGUUGUUCUGCUGGAUCCCCCUCUGGUGGCUCUGGACAAGGAUGCCCCAAUCCCAUAUGCAGGGGAGAUCUGCGCUUUCAACAUCCACGGGUUGGAUGCUCCAUUCGAGGCAGUGGUGCUGAACGGCACUUCGGGGGAGGGCCAGCUGAGGGCCCGCGGCUUGGUGGACUGUGAGCUGCAGAAGGAGUACACCUUCAUCAUUCAGGCUCAUGACUGCGGUUCAGGACCAAGGGGCACGGAGGGCAAAAAGUCCCACAAGGCAGUGGUCCAUAUUCAGGUCAACGAUGUGAACGAGUUUGCUCCGGUGUUCCGGGAGCCCCAGUACCAAGCGGCAGUGACAGAGGGCAAGAUUUAUGACAGCAUCCUACAAGUGGAGGCCACUGACCAGGACUGUUCCCCUCAAUACAGCCAGAUCUGUAACUACCAGAUCACCGCUACCAACACACCGUUUGCUAUAGACCGCAACGGUAACAUCCGGAACACAGAGAAGCUGAGCUAUGACCGAGAGCAACAGUAUGAGAUCCAGGUGACUGCCUGGGACUGCGGCCAGAAGAGAGCUUUGCACAGCGUCUACGUCCGCAUUGACGUCAAACCUGUCUGCAAACCCGGCUGGCAAGGUUGGAGUAAACAAGUUGACUAUGAGCCAGGAACAGGCAGUAAGCCGUUGUUUCCCAAAAUGCAUCUGGAGACCUGUGGAGAACCACUGUCAUCUGCGAGGACCACCGUGGAACUUCAAACCAGUCAUAUUGGGAAGGGCUGCGACCGUGAGACCUACUCUGAGAAGUCGUUACAAAAAUUAUGUGGAGCCUCAUCAGGCAGCACUGACCUUCUGCCCGCCCCUUCUACUGCCACUAACUGGACAGCGUCUCUGGUGACUGACAGCGGGAGGGACAGUGACUUGAUAUUCAGGUUUGACGGUCACCAGGCGGCUAAAAUUCCAAGCUGGGUGGUACCUCAGAACCUGACAGACCAGUUCACUAUAGCGACCUGGAUGAAGCACGGGCCCAGUCCUGGGCUCAGGGCUGAAAAGGAGACCCUGCUUUGUAAUUCGGAUAAGACGGAGAUGAAUCGCCAUCACUACUCCCUGUAUGUCCACAAUUGCCGCCUGGUGUUCCUGUUAAGGAGAGACUUUACCCAGGUGGACACGUUCAGGCCUGCUGAGUACCACUGGAAACUGGACCAGAUCUGUGACAAGGAGUGGCAUUACUACGUCAUCAAUGUAGAGUUCCCAGCGGUGACACUAUAUGUGGAUGGAGUGACCUAUGACCCCUACCUGGUGACUGACGACUGGCCCAUUCACCCGUCGGAGAUCGACAUGCAGCUGACAGUCGGUGCCUGCUGGCAAGGUGGCGAGGUGACCAAGCCACGGUUUACUCAGUAUUUCCGGGGCAGCCUAUCUGGACUGACCAUCCGACCCGGGAAGAUCGAGAGUCAGAAAGUCAUUUCCUGUCUGCAGGCUUGUAAAGAAGCACUGGAUAUCAACUCCCUUGAGAGCCUGGAUAAGAGCAUCAAGUUUCACUUCAACCCAUCUCAGUCCAUUCUGGUGAUGGAGGGAGAGGAUUUAGAAAACAUGAACACUGCCCUGAGGAAAGUCUCCUACAUAAACUCUCGCCAGUUCCCCACCGCAGGAGUACGACAUCUUCGCAUCUCUACUGCUGUUCAGUGCUUCGGUGAGGACACUUGCAUCACCAUACCUGACAUAGAGGCGGUCGUGAUGGUGCUGCAGCCCAGCGAACCCAGGAUAACCAUCACUGGACUGAAACGACACAGUCUACCGGCUUCUGACCUCAGGGCUCCUGGCGGUGUUGCACUUUUCCAGGAGCUCCACAUCAUCAGCACAGUCACCAGAGUAGACGCUGCUGCACAACACACAGGUCAAAGACGAGGCACUCUGGAGGAGAUCAUCCACAACUUGGACUACUGCGAUAUUCUGGUAAUAGGCGAGGAGUUGAACCCUGCACAGGAGUCACUCCAACUGGGGCGCAGCAUUCUGCUUGGGAAACACCUCGAUGCCACCAACUCCACAUCCGGGAUGUCCAUAUAUGGUGUGGACUCCAUGUCAAACUACGAAGAGGUGAUCCGAGAGGUGCAUUACUCCAACUGGCAACCUGCACAGUUAACGGAGAGGAGGUUCCGCCUCACAUGCUCAGAGCUCAAUGGACGCUACACCAGCAAUGAGUUUAACUUGGAGGUGAGCAUCAUCCACGGUUCAGAGGUCGGGGAACGUGUCAGUCACAGCGCUGCUUCGCCUCAGUACAUGCAGUUAGUCCACAAUCCAUCCAUGAUUCAUGAGCUGUACCCUCGGCACAACUCAGGGGUGCCGAGUACCGCCGCAGUGGUCACUGUGAUCUGCAUCGCCGCCCUGGUGGUAGUGGUUGUGUUAGGCGUCUACCACAUCCAUUUAACACACCAGCAACAAGUCAAGAUGUCCGAGGCCACCAAAGAGGAAGACGGGGCCUGGGACAAGUCGGGUCUCUCAAUCACUAUCAACCCAAUGGAGAAUCUGCAGGACACCCAGGCUGCAGAUGAGGAGGCCAGCGAGGACGAAGAGGAGGAGGAGGAGGACGACGACGACGACGUCACCAGUGCCGAGUCGGACAACAGCGAGGAGGAAUUGGACGUGCAACUACCCAGCAUGCAGUGCAAGAAGGCACACAAACAAUAAUGUCUAAUUGAAACUCCAAGUCAGUCAUCUUACACACACUGAUCUGCAUAAUAUUCUGUAAUCACCUUGACACACACUGACUUGUGGCUUUUAAAAAAAAAAAAGAGGUAAUAUUGCCCCCUGCUGGACUUAAUUUGUAUUAGCCUCAACCUAGUGAUUAAAAAUACAAUCACAGGGAAACACGUGGAACAGGUGGUUCUCGGGACUGUGAAUGAUGUCUAUAUCUACAGUGCAUCCGGAAAUUCACAUUGCUUCAGUUCUACCACUUUUUAUAUAACAGCCUUAUUCUAAAAUGGAAUACAUUCAUUUUUGUCCUCAAAAGUCUACAGACAAUACCCCCCCUAAACCAGGGGUCCCCAAACUACAGCAUCCAAAAUCCGGCCCACGGGAAGUCCCAAGUAAAAAAAAAAGUGUUUUAAUUUUUUUAAUGUUUUAUUUAUUUAUUUUAAUUUUAUCUUUCCUUUCUAAUCCAUUUUAUACCGCUUGUUACUCUCGGUGUGUCCUGGCCGCUCAGGCAAAUCAUAUUGUCUAAAAAUUAAUUUUCCCAUCGAUAACGUGACAAUGUUAAAUGUUGAUGAACAUCAAUGUUAAAUGACAAAACGGAUUAACUCGCUGGAAUAUAAAGACAAUGUAU